CUCGUUUGUUUACUUGACCCAAGUUCUCCUGUUUUCGGCGUUUUCCCGAUUUGUUUACAUUAUCGCUUGGAGAUCCGAAGUUCGUCAGGUCUGUCUCUUCUCUCAGAGGUCGGCACUUCUGUUUAAAUGGUGGCCGAAAUGGAUCAGAGCAACCCAGCGGAAGGCAAAACGGAGUUCGACCCCAGGACGGCCGAGUUCAUAAGAGAUUUGAUGAAGGAGAAAAUCAAUCUCGACCCGAUACUUUUUCCCAACGCGUCCCGGCUCCUGGAAGAAGAAAUAGUCAAAGCACAGAAAGGUAAGGCGUACAGGGAUACUCGAACCCCCGUGGACCUGUACAGAGAACGCCCCAUCCGAGCCGUUAUAAAAGUCCAAGUGCCAAUCAAGGAACACCCAAGGUUCAACUUUGUUGGGAAACUGCUCGGACCGAAGGGAAAUUCUUUUAAGCGGCUCCAGGAGGAGACCAUGACGAAAAUGGCCAUCCUAGGCCGGGGCAGCAUGAGGGACAAGCAAAAAGAAGAGGAAUGCCGUAGUUCUUUGGACCCGAAAUAUUCCCAUUUGGCCGACGAACUGCACGUGGAAAUCGCUGCCCUGGCACCCCCGGCUGAGGCGCACGCCCGUCUCGCUUACGCCCUCGCCGAGCUGAGAAAAUACCUCGUCCCCGAUCUCAACGACGAAAUAAGAAUGGAGCAGCUACGUGAAAUCGAAGCAGAGGGUGGAAUCGUGCAUAGGAGGCCUCAGGCGCCCCCUCGCAGCAUACUCGCACGACAAACCAAUAACUUCCCGAUUCGCAGGCCGAUAACUGCACCUUCUGGCAAUAUGCAACAGUACGGACAACAGCAGAUGGGACCUCCCCAAGGCGGAGCUCCUUUGAUGGGCGGGCCACCGAGAGGUCCUAUACCUCCGCCCCCUUCCAAUAACAAGGUCAUGUCCAUCCUCGACCGUGCCCGAAUCGCCAUGGAGGACAACUACUCAAGCCAGUACCAAGAUCAUCCCCUGCAGGAUUCUGGAGGGUAUGGCUAUGACAACGGGGAGCAGAUCAGGUGGAAAGGGGGCCCGUUCAAGCCCGAAAGGGCCGGAGGGCGCUACGCUCCCCAGCGCCCUUCGCCCUACCCCAGACCCCUCAAGUAGAAGUACCUCAGGGAAAAAGCACCCUUCCCAACCUCAACUUUUUUUUUGUUUUUUCUUUAAAAAAAACCUUAACAGAAAUACUAAAAAAUACUUUUAAAAAAAUUUGUCCCUAAAAGAAUUUUAAAAAAUUAUAAAAUUAUAGGAAUUUCUCCGUCCCGGAAGAUAUUAAAAAGUAAUAAAA